AUGUCAUCCCAGCUGCAGCCCUGGUCCUGUGAGCUACCUGUGGUGGGGGUGGGGAGGUGUAAGAGCUCCGGCCCUGUACAGGUGAGUCACAUGGACCACCUGGUGUUGACCGUGAAGAGUGUUCCAGACACCUGCACCUUCUAGUCCUCUGUCCUGGGCAUGGAGGUCAUCACCUUUAAGGUACAUUCUGAGUACUGACACAGAAUGUACUGCAUAAUCAAUGAUUAAUCUAUUGAUCACUUUUACUGAGAUAUUAAUUAUUCUACUUUGGAUAAAACAUGGAAACGUUUUCUACUGUUCUGACCAUGGUAGUUUCCACAGCUAACAACCAACAAGGUCAUUAAAUACAAGUUGAUAAACUCUCCAACUGGACUUUGUAAGCCUGUGGAAAAACUCCAGCAGAUGGUAGCCUUCACCAGUCUCUCUCUUCUUCUUUACCCCAGGGUGACCGGAAGGCGCUGUGUUUUGGGCAGCAGAAGUUGAACCUGAACCAGGUGGGUCAGGAGUUUGAACCCAAGGCUCUGAGACCCACCUCAGGAUCAGCUGACCUCUGUCUCCUCACCGCCACCCCCCUGGAUGCUGUAGCUACACACCUACAGGUGAUCAAACAGCCGCUACGCUCCUACAGUGGACACACUCCCAGUGGACACACUCCCAGUGGACACACUCCCAGUGGACACACUCCCAGUGGAAACACUCCCAGUGGACACACUCCCUGUGGAAACACUCCCAGUGGACACACUCCCAGUGGAAACACACCCAGUGGACACACUCCCAGUGGACACACUCCCAGUGGAAACACUCCCAGUGGACACACUCCCAGUGGAAACACACCCAGUGGACACACUCCCAGUGGACACACUCCCAGUGGACACACUCCCAGUGGAAACACACCCAGUGGACACACUCCCAGUGGACACACUCCCAGUGGACACACUCCCAGUGGAAACACUCCCAGUGGACACACUCCCUGUGGAAACACUCCCAGUGGACACACUCCCAGUGGAAACACACCCAGUGGACACACUCCCAGUGGAAACACUCCCAGUGGAAACACUCCCAGUGGAAACACAUCAGUGGACACACUCCCUGUGGAAACACUCCCAGUGGACACACUCCCAGUGGACACACUCCCAGUGGAAACACUCCCAGUGGACACACUCCCAGUGGACACACUCCCAGUGGACACACUCCCAGUGGAAACACUCCCAGUGGACACACUCCCUGUGGAAACCCUCCCAGUGGACACACUCCCAGUGGAAACACACCCAGUGGACACACUCCCAGUGGACACACUCCCAGUGGAAACACACCCAGUGGACACACUCCCAGUGGACACACUCCCAGUGGACACACUCCCAGUGGACACACACCCAGUGGACACACUCCCAGUGGAAACACACCCAGUGAACACACUCCCAGUGGACACACUCCCAGUGGACACACUCCCAGUGGAAACACUCCCAGUGGACACACUCCCAGUGGACACACUCCCAGUGGAAACACUCCCAGUGGACACACUCGCUACGCUCCUACAGUGGACACACUCCCAGUGGACACACUCCCAGUGGAAACACUCCCAGUGGACACACUCGCUACGCUCCUACAGUGGACACACUCCCAGUGGACACACUCCCAGUGGACACACUCCCAGUGGACACACUCCCAGUGGAAACACUCCCAGUGGAAACACUCCCAGUGGACACACUCCCAGUGGAAACACUCCCAGUGGACACAUUCCCAGUGGACACACUCCCAGUGGACACACUCCCAGUGGACACACUCCCAGUGGACACACUCCCAGUGGACACACUCCCAGUGGAAACACUCCCAGUGGACACAUUCCCAGUGGACACACUCCCAGUGGACACACUCCCAGUGGACACACUCCCAGUGGACACACUCCCAGUGGAAACACUCCCAGUGGACACACUCCCAGUGGACACACUCCCUGUGGACACACUCCCAGUGGACACACUCCCAGUGGACACACUCCCAGUGGAAACACUCCCAGUGGACACACUCCCAGUGGAAACACUCCCAGUGGACACACUCCCAGUGGACACACUCCCAGUGGAAACACUCCCAGUGGACACACUCCCAGUGGACACACUCCCAGUGGACACACUCCCAGUGGACACACUCCCAGUAGACACACUCCCAGUGGAAACACUCGCUACGCUCCUACAGUGGACACACUCCCAGUGGAAACACUCCCAGUGGAAACACUCCCAGUGGACACACUCCCAGUGGAAACACUCCCAGUGGACACACUCCCAGUGGAAACACUCCCAGUGGAAACACUCCCAGUGGACACACUCCCAGUGGACACACUCCCAGUGGAAACACUCCCAGUGGACACACUCCCAGUGGAAACACUCCCAGUGGACACACUCCCAGUGGACACACUCCCAGUGGACACACUCCCAGUGGAAACACUCGCUACGCUCCUACAGUGGACACACUCCCAGUGGAAACACUCCCAGUGGAAACACUCCCAGUGGACACACUCCCAGUGGACACACUCGCUACGCUCCUACAGUACAGUGGACACACUCCCAGUGGACACACUCCCAGUGGAAACACUCCCAGUGGACACACUCCCAGUGGAAACACUCCCAGUGGACACACUCCCAGUGGAAACACUCCCAGUGGACACACUCCCAGUGGAAACACUCCCAGUGGACACACUCCCAGUGGACACACUCCCAGUGGAAACACACCCAGUGGACACACUCCCAGUGGAAACACACCCAGUGGACACACUCCCAGUGGACACACUCCCAGUGGAAACACUCCCAGUGGACACACUCCCAGUGGACACACUCCCAGUGGACACACUCCCUGUGGACACACUCCCAGUGGACACACUCCCAGUGGACACACUCCCAGUGGAAACACUCCCAGUGGACACACUCCCAGUGGACACACUCCCAGUGGAAACACUCCCAGUGGAAACACUCCCAGUGGACACACUCCCAGUGGAAACACUCCCAGUGGACACACUCCCAGUGGACACACUCCCAGUGGAAACACUCCCAGUGGACACACUCCCAGUGGAAACACUCCCAGUGGACACACUCCCAGUGGAAACACUCCCAGUGGACACACUCCCAGUGGACACACUCCCAGUGGACACACUCCCAGUGGACACACUCCCAGUGGAAACACACCCAGUGGAAACACUCCCAGUGGACACACUCCCAGUGGACACACUCCCAGUGGAAACACUCCCAGUGGACACACUCCCAGUGGAAACACUCCCAGUGGACACACUCCCAGUGGAAACACUCCCAGUGGACACACUCCCAGUGGAAACACUCCCAGUGGACACACUCCCAGUGGAAACACUCCCAGUGGAAACACUCCCAGUGGACACACUCCCAGUGGAAACACUCCCAGUGGACACACUCCCAGUGGAAACACUCCCAGUGGUUUUUUGCUUUAGCCAAAUGAUUUGUUGUUAUCCUCAGCAGACAGUCUACCUCAGGGCACCCUGUUCCCUCUAUAGAGUAUUACUCUUGACGAGGGUCCAUAGGGGUCUAAUAGUAGUGCACUAUGUAGGGAAUAGGGGACCAUUUGGGACUCAACCUCUCAUUCUCCUGACCCUGACUGUUAGCGAAGUGCAAUGGAGUGUGGGACACAGUAUGUGUCCCAAAUGUCACCCUUUUCGUUAUGGGGCAGGGGCACUGAUCAAAAGUAGUGCACUAUGUAGGGGGAAUAAGGUGCUACAGUUGAAGUCGGAGGUUUACAUACACCUUAGCCAAAUACAUUUAAACUCUUUUUUUCACAAUUCCUGACAUUUAAUCGUAGUAAAAAUUCCCUGUCUCAGGUCAGUUAGGAUCACCACUUUAUUUUAAGAAUGUGAAAUGUCAGAAUAAUAGUAGAGAGAAUGAUUUAUUUCAGCUUUUAUUUCUUUCAUCACAUUCCCAGUGGGUCAGAAGUUUACAUACACUCAAUUAGUAUUAACUUGGGUCAAACGUUUCGGGUAGCCUUCCACAAGCUUCCCACAAUAAGUUGUGUCAAUUUUGGCCCAUUCCUCCUGACAGAGCUGGUGUAACUGAGUCAGGUUUGUAGGCCUCCUUGCUCGCACACGCUUUUUCAGUUCUGCCCACACAUUUUCUAUAGGAUUGAGGUCAGGGCUUUGUGAUGGCCACUCCAAUACCUUGACUUUGUUGUCCUUAAGCCAUUUUGCCACAACUUUGGAAGUAUGCUUGGGGUCAUUGUCCAUUUGGAAGACCCAUUUGCAACCAAGCUUUAACUUCCUGACUGAUGUCUUGAGAUGUUGCUUCAAUAUAUCCACAUAAUUUUCCUUCCUCAUGAUGCCAUGUAUUUUGUGAAGUGCACCAGCCCUUCCUGCAGCAAAGCACCCCCAAAGCAUGAUGCUGCCACCCCCGUGCUUCACGGUUGGGAUGGUGUUCUUCGGCUUGCAAGCAACCCCCUUUUUCCUCCAAACAUAACGAUGGUCAUUAUGGCUAAACAGUUCUAUUUUUGUUUCAUUAGACCAGAGGACAUUUCUCCAAAAAGUACGAUCUUCGUCCCCAUGUGCAGUUGCAAACCGUAGUCUGGCUUUUUUAUGGCGGUUUUGGAGCAGUGGCUUCUUCCUUGCUGAGCGGCCUUUCAGGUUAUGUCGAUAUAGGGCUCGUUUUACUGUGGAUGUAGAUACUUUUGUACCUGUUUCCUCCAGCAUCUUCACAAGGUCCUUUGCUGUUGUUCUGGGAUUGAUUUGCACUUUUCGCACCAAAGUACGUUCAUCUCUAGGAGACAGAACGCGUCUCCUUCCUGAGCGGUAUGACGGCUGCGUGGUCCCAUGGUGUUUAUACUUGCGUACUAUUGUUUGUACAGAUGAACAUGGUACCUUCAGGCGUUUGGAAAUUGCUCCCAAGGAUGAACCAGACUUGUGGAGAUCUACCAUUUUUAUUCUGAGGUCUUGGCUGAUUUCUUUUGAUUUUCCCAUGAUGUCAAGCAAAGAGGCACUGAGUGUGAAGGUAGGCCUUGAAAUACAUCCACUGGUACACCUCCAAAUCACUCUAAUUAUGUAAAUUAGCCUAUCAGAAGUUUCUAAAGCCAUGACAUAAUUUUCUGGAAUUUUCCAAGCUGUUUAAAGGCACAGUCAACUUAGUGUAUGUAAACUUCUGACCCACUGGAAUUGUGAUACAGUGAAUUAUAAGUGAAAUAAUCUGUCUGUAAACAAUUGUUGGAAAAAUUACUUGUGUCAUGCACAAAGUAGAUGUCCUAACCGACUUGCCAAAACUAUAGUUUGUUAACAAGAAAUUUGUUGAGUGGUUGAAAAAAUGAGUUUUAAUGACUCCAACCUAAGUGUAUGUAAACUUCCGACUUCAAAUGUAUUUGGGAGGCAGACACCCUGUUUUCUCUCCAAAACGGUUCUCCUGAUCUGGCAGACUCACUAAUCCUGCUGGAACAAAGUGUCCUUGUCAGUGGGGCUGGCUAAACCCAGCUGCUUAAAGUGCCCUGAAAUAGUAUGAAGACGUAAAUAACUAGUGGCAUUAUGGCUGUCUGUACAUCCUGUCCCCCUGGCCUGGCUGCUUGUGUUAAGGUCUGUAUGGCUGUCUGUACAUCCUGUCCCCCUGGCCUGGCUGCUUGUGUUAAGGUCUGUAUGGCUGUCUGUCCAUCCUGUCCCCCUGGCCUGGCUGCUUGUGUUAAGGUCUGUAUGGCUGUCUGUACAUCCUGUCCCCCUGGCCUGGCUGCUUGUGUUAAGGUCUGUAUGGCUGUCUGUACAUCCUGUCCCCCUGGCCUGGCUGCUUGUGUUAAGGUCUGGAUGGCUGUCUGUACAUCAUGUCCCCCUGGCCUGGCUGCUUGUGUUAAGGUCUGUAUGGCUGUCUGUCCAUCCUGUCCCCCUGGCCUGGCUGCUUGUGUUAAGGUCUGUAUGGCUGUCUGUACAUCCUGUCCCCCUGGCCUGGCUGCUUGUGUUAAGGUCUGUAUGGCUGUCUGUCCAUCCUGUCCCCCUGGCCUGGCUGCUUGUGUUAAGGUCUGUAUGGCUGAAUAAUGCAAUACAGAAAACAAGCCCUUCUAUAUAAAAGGCCUUUGUAUUGUCUGUGUUGAUUUUCAUCACACGGUGUAACUGGUGUGUUCCAAUGUAAAUGUGUCAUGUUAAGUUAACAUGUUACUGUGAGUGAAGAGGUUGGCUCAGACAGUUAGUCCUAGGAGAUGUUGGUCUUCUCCAUGUUGGUCUUCACAUUAAUGUUAACUGAUCCAUGGAAAACCAACAUGAUACACACACACACACACACACACGCACACACACUGGCAGACAUGGAGCUCUGGACAACACACACACAGACACGAUACACUGACAGACAUGGUGUGUUGGAGGAGGAAAACAAACUUCCUGUUCUUACUGCCCAUCCAUCCAUCAGGCCUAGGUCCUAACUUCCUGUUACUGCCCAUCCAUCCAUCAGGCCUAGGUCCUAACUUCCUGUUACUGCCCAUGCCCAUCCAUUAAUUCCUGUUACUGCUCCAUCAGGCCUAGGUCUAACUCCUGUACUCCACCAUCAUCAGGCCUAGGUCUACUCCUGUACUGCCAUCAUCCUAGGCCUAGGUCCUAACUCCUGUACGCCCACCAUCCACAGGCUAGGUCCUAACUUCCGUACUGCCCAUCCAUCACAGGCCUAGUCCUAUCUGUACUGCCAUCCAUCAUAGGCUGGUCCUAACUCCUGUUACUGCCCAUCCAUCAUCAGGCCUAGGUCCUAACUUCCUGUUAACUGCCCAUCCAUCCAUCAGGCCUAGUCUAACUUCCUGUUACUGCCCAUCAUCAGGCCUAGGUCCUAACUUCCUGUUACUGCCCAUCCAUCCAUCAGGCUAGGUCCUAACUUCCUGUUACUGCCCAUCCAUCAGGCCUAGGUCCUAACUUCCUGUUACUGCCCAUCACCAUCAGGCCUAGGUCCUAACUUCCUGUUACUGCCCAUCCAUCCAUCAGGCCUAGGUCCUAACUUCCUGUUACUGCCCAUCCAUCCAUCAGGCCUAGGUCCUAACUUCCUGUUACUGCCCAUCCAUCCAUCAGGCCUAGGUCCUAACUUCCUGUUACUCCUCCAUCCAUCCAGGCCUAGGUCCUAACUUCCUGUUACUGCCCAUCCAUCAGGCCUAGGUCCUAACUUCCUGUUACUGCCCAUCCAUCCAUCAGGCCUAGGUCCUAACUUCCUGUUACUGCCCAUCCAUCCAUCAUGGCCUAGGUCCUAACUUCCUGUUUACUGCCCAUCCAUCAGGCCUAGGUCCUAAGACUUCCCUGUUAUCUGCCCAUCCAUCCAUCAGGCCUAGGUCCUAACUUCCUGUUACUGCCCAUCCAUCAGGCCUAGGUCCUAACUUCCUGUUACUGCCCAUCCAUCCAUCAGGCCUAGGUCCUAACUUCCUGUUACUGCCCAUCCAUCCAUCAGGCCUAGGUCCUAACUUCCUGUUACUGCCCAUCCAUCCAUCAGGCCUAGGUCCUAACUCCUGUUACUGCUACCAUCCAUCAUGGCCUAGGUCCUAACUUCCUGUUAACUGCCCUCAUCCAUCAGGCCUAGGUCCUAACUUCCUGUUUACUGCCCAUCCAUCCAUCAGGCCUAGGUCCUAACUUCCUGUUCUUACUGCCCAUCCAUCCAUCAGGCCUAGGUCCUAACUUCCUGUUCUUACUGCCCAUCCACUCAGGCCUAGGUCCUAACUUCCUGUUACUGCAUCAUGCCCAUCCUACCAUUUCCAGCGCCUAGGUCCUAACUUCCUGUCUUACUGCCCAUCCAUCCAUCAGGCCUAGGUCCUAACUUCCUGUUCUUACUGCCCAUCCAUCAGGCCUAGGUCCUAACUUCCUGUCUUACUGCCCAUCCAUCCAUCAGGCCUAGGUCCUAACUUCCUGUACUCGCACUACUAUCACUUUACUGCCCAUCCAUCCAUCAGGCCUAGGUCCAACUUCCUGUUCUUACUGCUCCAUCCAUCAGGCCUAGGUCCUAACUUCCUGUUCUUACUGCCCAUCCAUCAGGCCUAGGUCCUAACUUCCUGUUCUUACUGCCCAUCCAUUCAGGCCUAGGUCCUAACUCCUGUUCUCUCUAGUCUAACUUCGUUUACUGCCCAUCCAUCCAUCAGGCCUAGGUCCUAACUUCCUGUUACUGCCCAUCCAUCCAUCAGGCCUAGGUCCUAACUUCCUGUUACUCAUCAUCAUCAGGCCAGUCCUAAUUUCCGUUCACUGCCCAUCCAUGGCCUAGGUCCUAACUUCCUGUUACUGCCCAUCCAUCCAUCAGGCCUAGGUCCUAACUUCCUGUUACUGCCCAUCCAUCCAUCAGGCCUAGGUCCUAACUUCCUGUUACUGCCCAUCCAUCCAUCAGGCCUAGGUCCUAACUUCCUGUUACUGCCUCUCAGCAUCAACUCUCACCCUCCAUCAGGCCUAGGUCCUAACUUCCUGUUACUGCCCAUCCAUCCAUCAGGCCUAGGUCCUAACUUCCUGUUACUGCCCAUCCAUCCAUCAGGCCUAGGUCCUAACUUCCUGUUACUUGCUCCCAUCCAUCCAUCAGGCUAGGUCCUAACUUCCUGUUACUGCCCAUCCAUCCAUCAGGCCUAGGUCCUAACUUCCUGUUACUGCUCCUCCAUCACCUAUCCUACUUCUUAUGCCCAUCCAUCCAUCAGGCCUAGGUCCUAACUUCCUGUUAACUGCCCAUCCACCAUCAGGCCUAGGUCCUAACUUCCUGUUACUGCCCAUCCAUCCAUCAGGCCUAGGUCCUAACUUCCUGUUACACUGCCCAUCCAUCCAUCAGGCCUAGGUCCUAACUUCCUGUUACUGCCCAUCCAUCCAUCAGGCCUAGGUCCUAACUUCCUGUUACUGCCCAUCCAUCCAUCAGGCCUAGGUCCUAACUUCCUGUUCUACUGAUUUUGCCCAUCCAUCCAUCAGGCCUAGGUCCUAACUUCCUGUUACUGCCCAUCCAUCCAUCAGGCCUAGGUCCUAACUUCCUGUUACUACCUCUACCUAUCCAACUUCCUGUUACUCAUCCAUCUCAGGCCUAGGUCCUAACUUCCUGUUACUGCCCAUCCAUCAGGCCUAGGUCCUAACUUCCUGUUAUACUGCCCAUCCAUCCUCAGGCCUAGGUCCUAACUUCCUGUUACUGCCCAUCCAUCCAUCAGGCCUAGGUCCUAACUUCCUGUUACUGCCCAUCCAUCCAUCAGGCCUAGGUCCUAACUUCCUGUUUUACUGCCCAUCCAUCCAUCAGGCCUAGGUCCUAACUUCCCUAUUCAGCUAGUCUACUUCUACUGCCCAUCCAUCCAUCAGGCCUAGGUCCUAACUUCCUGUUACUUGCCCAUCCAUCCAUCAGGCCUAGGUCCUAACUUCCUGUUACUGCCCAUCCAUCCAUCAGGCCUAGGUCCUAACUUCCUGUUACUGCCCAUCCAUCCAUCAGGCCUAGGUCCUAACUUCCUGUUACUGCCCAUCCAUCCAUCAGCCUAGGUCCUAACUUCCUGUUACUGCCCAUCCAUCCAUCAGGCCUAGGUCCUAACUUCCUGUUACUGCCCAUCCAUCCAUCAGACCUAGGUCCUAACUUCCUGUUACUGCCCAUCCACAGUAGUCCUAACUUCCGUAUGGCCCUCCUCCAUCGGCCUAGUCCUAACUUCCUGUUACUGCCCAUCCAUCCAUCAGGCCUAGGUCCUAACUUCCUGUUACUGCCCAUCCAUCCAUCAGGCCUAGGUCCUAACUUCCUGUUAACUCUGCCCCAUCCAUCCAUCAGGCCUAGGUCCUAACUUCCUGUUACUGCACAUCCAUCCAUCAGGCCUAGGUCCUAACUUCCUGUUACUGCCCAUCCAUCCAUCAGGCCUAGGUCCUAACUUCCUGUUACGCCAUCACUCGGCUAGUCUAACUUCUGGCCAUCAUCCAUCAGGCCUAGGUCCUAACUUCCUGUUACUGCCCAUCCAUCCAUCAGGCCUAGGUCCUAACUUCCUGUUCUUACUGCCCAUCCAUCCAUCAGGCCUAGGUCCUAACUUCCUGUUCUUACUGCCCAUCCAUCAGGCCUAGGUCCUAACUUCCUGUUACUGCCCAUCCAUCCAUCAGGCCUAGGUCCUAACUUCCUGUUACUGCCCAUCCAUCCAUCAGGCCUAGGUCCUAACUUCCUGUUACUGCCCAUCCAUCCAUCAGGCCUAGGUCCUAACUUCCUGUUACUGCCCAUCCAUCCAUCAGGCCUAUGUCCUAACUUCCUGUUACUGCCCAUCCAUCCAUCAGGCCUAGGUCCUAACUUCCUGUUACUGCCCAUCCAUCAGGCCUAGGUCCUAACUUCCUGUUACUGCCCAUCCAUCCAUCAGGCCUAGGUCCUAACUUCCUGUUCUUACUGCCCAUCCAUCCAUCAGGCCUAGGUCCUAACUUCCUGUUACUGCCCAUCCAUCAGGCCUAGGUCCUAACUUCCUGUUACUGCCCAUCCAUCAGGCCUAGGUCCUAACUUCCUGUUACUGCCCAUCCAUCAGGCCAGGGGAGAGCGACUGCCCCUCUCUUUGAAGCAACGGAAGCUCAAAGCCGACCGCGGUACAGCAGGCAUUGUUAGCAGAAAACAGGACCCCCCCAUUAUAGGAAUGGAAAAAUUGAAAUCUUUGUUGUCAAUCUUUGUGUAAAGAAACAAAACAAUCAAAGACAAUCAUGGUACCAAUAACUAUUUCUAAUACACCAGAUGUAUGUCCUUGAACGGAUUAUUUUAAAAUAGCAUACAGAAGGAUUAGGAUAUAAGGAUAAUUUAGUUGCUAAUGGCAGCCAUUUAUAGUAGUUGUGAAUAUAUACAGUAUGGAAGAUUGAAGAUGAUAUCCUCCUCAGUUUCCUCAACGGGAGGAGGUGGUGGAGGUUAAAGGAGGGAUGUGAGGAAGAGGAGGAGGAGGAGGGGGAGGAGGAGGAGGUUAAAGGAGGGAUGUGAGGAGGAGGAGAGGAGGAGGAGGUGGAGGAGGAGGAGGUGGAGGGGGAGGAGGUUAAAGGAGGGAUGUGAGGAGGAGGAGAGGAGGAGGAGGUUAAAGGAGGGAUGUGAGGAGGAGGAGAGGAGGAGGAGGAGGUUAAAGGAGGGAUGUGAGGAGGAGGAGAGGAGGAGGAGGAGGAGGAGGGGGAGGAGGAGGAGGACGAGGAGGAGAGGAGGACGAGGUGGAGGAGGGGGAGGAGGAGGUGGAGGAGGAUGAGGUUUCCAGGAAAAGGGAGCAGUAUAUCAUUCUGUCUGGACUAUUGUGUCACCAAGCACUUUGUGGUUUAUUACAUGGAACAUACAGCGCCUUCAGAAAGUAUUCACACCCCUUGACUUUAUCCACAUUUUGUUGUGUUACAAAUUGGUAUUAAAAUGGAUUUAAUUGUACUUUUUUUCAAUGAUCUACACAAAAUACUCUGUAAUGUCAAAGUGGAAGAAAAAUUCUAACAUUAUUUAAAGAUGAAUUAAAAAUGUAACACUAAUAUAUCUUGAUUAGAUCAGUAUUCUACCCUGACUCAAUACAUGUUACAAUAACCUUUUUGCAGUGAUUCCAGCUGGGAGUCUUCCUGGGUAUGUCUGUAAGAGCUUUCCACACCUGGAUUGUACAAAAUUAGCAUAUUAUUCUUUUCAGAAUUCUUCAAGCUCUGUCAAGUUGGUUGUUGAUCGUUGCUAGACAGCCAUUUUCAAAUCUUGCCAUGGAUUUUCAAGCCUAUAUAAGUCAAAACCGUAACUAGGCCACUCAGGAACAUUCAAUGGUGUCUUGGUAAUCAACUCCGGUGUAUAUUUGGCCUUGAGUCUGGGAGACAAAUGUCCUCUAGGAUUUUGCCCUAUAAAAACCUCCCUAGUCCUUGCCGAUGAAGAGCAGAUACAUAGCAUGAUGCAGUCACCACCAUGCUUGAAAAUAUGAAGAGUGGUACUCCGUGACGUGUUGUGUUGGAUGUGCCACAAACAUAACGCUUUGUAUUCAGGACAAAAUGUUCAUUUCUUUGCCACAUUUUAGCUGCAGACUUGGCAGGAACUAAUGGGGAUCCAUAAUAAACCCCAGGAAGAGUAGCUGCUGCCUUGGCAGGAACUAAUGGGGAUCCAUAAUAAACCCCAGGAAGAGUAGCUGCUGCCUUGGCAGGAACUAAUGGGGAUCCAUAAUAAACCCCAGGAAGAGUAGCUGCUGCCUUGGCAGGAACUAAUGGGGAUCCAUAAUAAACCCCAGGAAGAGUAGCUGCUGCCUUGGCAGGAACUAAUGGGGAUCCAUAAUAAACCCCAGGAAGAGUAGCUGCUGCCUUGGCAGGAACUAAUGGGGAUCCAUAAUAAAUAAAAAUAACUGCAAGGAAAGUCCUACUUCAUCACUAGUCACAGAUGGAGGGAUGGAGAGUAACAGGAACAUAUAGGAUCAGGAUCAGAUGAAAGUAACAGGAACAUAUAGGAUCAGGAUCAGAUGAAAGUAACAGGAACAUAUAGGAUCAGGAUCAGAUGAAAGUUACAGGAACAUAUAGGAUCAGGAUCAGAUGAAAGUAACAGGAACAUAUAGGAUCAGGAUCAGAUGAAAGUAACAGGAACAUAUAGGAUCAGGAUCAGAUGAAAGUUACAGGAACAUAUAGGAUCAGAAGAGUUCCAGACAGACGUGCUGCAUAUUUCCCUGUGAUGUUCCGAUGUAACAGUUGUUUUAAACUUCACAAUGAAACACCUUAAUGUCCACAGCCCCCACGCCCUCGGACCAGAGCUUUUGUGUGUGUGUGUGUGUGUGUGUGUGUGUGUGUGUGUCUCUAAGUGGAGGAGAAGUUUGGGUAAAUAAAGAGAAGAAAUGUUUCCUCAUUCCCCUGCCAUUCCUGGUUAUUUGAAGUGGAACUAAAUUAAUAUGUGGUUGUAAAUCUGGAUGGGAGGAAACAGGCUGGACAGGGUAGCUGUUGACAGUCCGGAGGCCCAGAGGGGUGCUCAGCCCUGUGUGUUUGCCCAGCUCAGCCCUACCCUGGCUGGUUUACCGGCAGCAGGCCCCAGCCCUCCUCUCCCCCCUGGCCCUGGUCCAGUCUAGCAGUGUUGGAACAGUUGGAUCAACAGAGAGGGGUGAGGUCCUGUCUCUGUAGCCGGUAGUCUCCACUUCAUAUAAAUAAAACUGUAAAGAGGUAAAGAGGCCUUUUAUAAAUGUUGGGAGAACAAACUGUGCUUCGCUGGGGGAUAGUCAUCGCCCGGGGAUUCCUUCCUUGAUUCCCCCCACCUCCUCGCUCUCUCCCUCUCUCCAUCCCUCUCUCCCUCCACCCCUUGGUCAUCUAGAUGUGAUGGACUAGCCAGUCUUGUUCAGUCUCUGCCAUGAUGGCAGCCCGCUCUUUCUCAGGAGAAAGGAAUGAGGGGCUGAGAGACUAAGGGCUCGAUUCAAUCAGAUUUGCGUUAGCCGACACCUGCGUAGCUGGCAUUUUGACGGUGUUGGAGAUGGAACCGUGUUAGAACUGUCAGAUCCACUAGCAGCUCCUGGUGUUAUACCGAUCGGACAUUGCCAUUGAGUCACAUUAAUAGGAAUCACAUGCGGCCGUGUUUACAUGUUUGAUUAGUAUGUCCCUGACUCAUACAGCACAGUAAAGUAUAUAGGCAACACAUCUCAGAGUACAGUAUAUAGGCAACACGUCUCACAGUACAGUAUAUAGGCAACACAUCUCAGAGUACAGUAUAUAGGCAACACGUCUCUCAGUAAAGUAUAUAGGCAACACGUCUCACAGUACAGUAUAUAGGCAACACGUCUCAGAGUAAAGUAUAUAGGCAACACGUCUCAGAGUAAAGUAUAUAGGCAACACGUCUCACAGUACAGUAUAUAGGCAACACGUCUCAGAGUAAAGUAUAUAGGCAACACGUCUCACAGUAAAGUAUAUAGGCAACACGUCUCACAGUACAGUAUAUAGGCAACACGUCUCACAGUAAAGUAUAUAGGCAACACGUCUCUCAGUAAAGUAUAUAGGCAACACGUAUCACAGUACAGUAUAUAGGCAACACGUCUCAGAGUAAAGUAUAUAGGCAACACGUCUCACAGUAAAGUAUAUAGGCAACACGUCUCAGAGUACAGUAUAUAGGCAACACGUCUCACAGUACAGUAUAUAGGUAACACGUCUCACAGUAAAGUACAGUAUAUAGGCAACACGUCUCAGAGUAAAGUAUAUAGGCAACACGUCUCAGAGUACAGUAUAUAGGUAACACGUCUCAGAGUAAAGUAUAUAGGCAACACGUCUCACAGUACAGUAUAUAGGCAACACGUCUCAGAGUAAAGUAUAUAGGCAACACGUCUCACAGUACAGUAUAUAGGUAACACGUCUCACAGUACAGUAUAUAGGCAACACGUCUCACAGUAAAGUAUAUAGGCAACACGUCUCAGAGUAAAGUAUAUAGGCAACACGUCUCACAGUACAGUAUAUAGGCAACACGUCUCAGAGUAAAGUAUAUAGGCAACACGUCUCACAGUACAGUAUAUAGGCAACACGUCUCAGAGUAAAGUAUAUAGGCAACACGUCUCACAGUACAGUAUAUAGGCAACACGUCUCAGAGUAAAGUAUAUAGGCAACACGUCUCACAGUACAGUAUAUAGGCAACACGUCUCACAGUAAAGUAUAUAGGCAACACGUCUCAGAGUAAAGUAUAUAGGCAACACGUCUCACAGUACAGUAUAUAGGCAACACGUCUCACAGUACAGUAUAUAGGCAACACGUCUCAGAGUAAAGUAUAUAGGCAACACGUCUCACAGUAAAGUAUAUAGGCAACACGUCUCAGAGUACAGUAUAUAGGCAACACGUCUCACAGUACAGUAUAUAGGCAACACGUCUCACAGUAAAGUACAGUAUAUAGGCAACACGUCUCACAGUAAAGUAUAUAGGCAACACGUCUCACAGUAAAGUACAGUAUAUAGGCAACACGUCUCACAGUAAAGUAUAUAGGCAACACGUCUCAAAGUAAAGUACAGUAUAUAGGCAACACGUCUCAGAGUAAAGUAUAUAGGCAACACGUCUCACAGUAAAGUAUAUAGGCAACACGUCUCAGAGUACAGUACAUAGGCAACACGUCUCACAGUAAAGUAUAUAGGGAACACGUCUCAGAGUACAGUAUAUAGGCAACACGUCUCACAGUACAGUAUAUAGGCAACACGUCUCACAGUACAGUAUAUAGGCAACACGUCUCACAGUAAAGUAUAGGCAACACGUCUCACAGUAAAGUAUAUAGGCAACACGUCUCAGAGUAAAGUAUAUAGGCAACACGUCUCAGAGUAAAGUAUAUAGGCAACACGUCUCACAGUACAGUAUAUAGGCAACACGUCUCAGAGUACAGUAUAUAGGCAACACGUCUCAGAGUAAAGUAUAUAGGCAACACGUCUCAGAGUACAGUAUAUAGGCAACACGUCUCAGAGUAAAGUAUAUAGGCAACACGUCUCAGAGUACAGUAUAUAGGCAACACGUCUCAGAGUAAAGUAUAUAGGCAACACGUCUCACAGUAAAGUAUAUAGGCAACACGUCUCAGAGUACAGUAUAUAGGCAACACGUCUCAGAGUAAAGUAUAUAGGCAACACGUCUCAGAGUACAGUAUAUAGGCAACACGUCUCACAGUAAAGUAUAUAGGCAACACGUCUCACAGUAAAGUACAGUAUAUAGGCAACACGUCUCACAGUAAAGUAUAUAGGCAACACGUCUCAAAGUAAAGUACAGUAUAUAGGCAACACAUCUCAGAGUAAAGUAUAUAGGCAACACGUCUCACAGUACAGUAUAUAGGCAACACGUCUCACAGUACAGUAUAUAGGCAACACGUCUCACAGUAAAGUAUAGGCAACACGUCUCACAGUAAAGUAUAUAGGCAACACGUCUCAGAGUAAAGUAUAUAGGCAACACGUCUCAGAGUAAAGUAUAUAGGCAACACGUCUCACAGUACAGUAUAUAGGCAACACGUCUCAGAGUACAGUAUAUAGGCAACACGUCUCAGAGUAAAGUAUAUAGGCAACACGUCUCAGAGUACAGUAUAUAGGCAACACGUCUCAGAGUAAAGUAUAUAGGCAACACGUCUCAGAGUACAGUAUAUAGGCAACACGUCUCAGAGUAAAGUAUAUAGGCAACACGUCUCACAGUAAAGUAUAUAGGCAACACGUCUCAGAGUACAGUAUAUAGGCAACACGUCUCAGAGUAAAGUAUAUAGGCAACACGUCUCAGAGUAAAGUAUAUAGGCAACACGUCUCACAGUACAGUAUAUAGGUAACACGUCUCAGAGUAAAGUAUAUAGGUAACACGUCUCACAGUACAGUAUAUAGGCAACACGUCUCACAGUACAGUAUAUAGGCAACACGUCUCACAGUAAAGUAUAUAGGCAACACGUCUCACAGUAAAGUAUAUAGGCAACACGUCUCAGAGUACAGUAUAUAGGCAACACGUCUCACAGUACAGUAUAUAGGCAACACGUCUCAGAGUAAAGUAUAUAGGCAACACGUCUCACAGUAAAGUAUAUAGGCAAACACGUCUCUCAGUGCAGUAUAUAGGCAACACGUCUCACAGUACAGUAUAUAGGCAACACGUCUCAGAGUAAAGUAUAUAGGCAACACGUCUCACAGUAAAGUAUAUAGGCAACACGUCUCAGAGUAAAGUAUAUAGGCAACACGUCUCACAGUAAAGUAUAUAGGCAACACGUCUCAGAGUAAAGUAUAUAGGCAACACGUCUCAGAGUAAAGUAUAUAGGCAACACGUCUCACAGUACAGUAUAUAGGCAACACGUCUCAGAGUAAAGUAUAUAGGCAACACGUCUCUCAGUAAAGUAUAUAGGCAACACGUCUCACAGUACAGUAUAUAGGCAACACGUCUCAGAGUAAAGUAUAUAGGCAACACAUCUCACAGUACAGUAUAUAGGCAACACGUCUCAGAGUAAAGUAUAUAGGCAACACGUCUCACAGUAAAGUAUAUAGACAACACGUCUCAGAGUAAAGUAUAUAGGCAACACGUCUCACAGUACAGUAUAUAGGCAACACGUCUCACAGUAAAGUAUAUAGGCAACACGUCUCAGAGUAAAGUAUAUAGGCAACACGUCUCACAGUACAGUAUAUAGGCAACACGUCUCAGAGUAAAGUAUAUAGGCAACACGUCUCAGAGUAAAGUAUAUAGGCAACACGUCUCACAGUAAAGUAUAUAGGCAACACGUCUCACAGUACAGUAUAUAGGCAACACGUCUCACAGUACAGUAUAUAGGCAACACGUCUCAGAGUAAAGUAUAUAGGUAACACGUCUCACAGUACAGUAUAUAGGCAACACGUCUCAGAGUAAAGUAUAUAGGUAACACGUCUCACAGUACAGUAUAUAGGCAACACGUCUCACAGUAAAGUAUAUAGGCAACACGUCUCACAGUAAAGUACAGUAUAUAGGCAACACGUCUCACAGUAAAGUAUAUAGGCAACACGUCUCAAAGUAAAGUACAGUAUAUAGGCAACACGUCUCAGAGUAAAGUAUAUAGGCAACACGUCUCACAGUAAAGUAUAUAGGCAACACGUCUCAGAGUACAGUAUAUAGGCAACACGUCUCACAGUAAAGUAUAUAGGGAACACGUCUCAGAGUACAGUAUAUAGGCAACACGUCUCACAGUACAGUAUAUAGGCAACACGUCUCACAGUACAGUAUAUAGGCAACACGUCUCACAGUACAGUAUAUAGGCAACACGUCUCACAGUAAAGUAUAGGCAACACGUCUCACAGUAAAGUAUAUAGGCAACACGUCUCAGAGUAAAGUAUAUAGGCAACACGUCUCAGAGUAAAGUAUAUAGGCAACACGUCUCACAGUACAGUAUAUAGGCAACACGUCUCAGAGUACAGUAUAUAGGCAACACGUCUCAGAGUAAAGUAUAUAGGCAACACGUCUCACAGUACAGUAUAUAGGGAACACGUCUCAGAGUAAAGUAUAUAGGCAACACGUCUCAGAGUACAGUAUAUAGGCAACACGUCUCAGAGUAAAGUAUAUAGGCAACACGUCUCAGAGUACAGUAUAUAGGCAACACGUCUCAGAGUAAAGUAUAUAGGCAACACGUCUCACAGUAAAGUAUAUAGGCAACACGUCUCAGAGUACAGUAUAUAGGCAACACGUCUCAGAGUAAAGUAUAUAGGCAACACGUCUCAGAGUAAAGUAUAUAGGCAACACGUCUCACAGUACAGUAUAUAGGUAACACGUCUCAGAGUAAAGUAUAUAGGUAACACGUCUCACAGUACAGUAUAUAGGCAACACGUCUCACAGUACAGUAUAUAGGCAACACGUCUCACAGUAAAGUAUAUAGGCAACACGUCUCACAGUAAAGUAUAUAGGCAACACGUCUCAGAGUACAGUAUAUAGGCAACACGUCUCACAGUACAGUAUAUAGGCAACACGUCUCAGAGUAAAGUAUAUAGGCAACACGUCUCACAGUAAAGUAUAUAGGCAACACGUCUCUCAGUACAGUAUAUAGGCAACACGUCUCACAGUACAGUAUAUAGGCAACACGUCUCAGAGUAAAGUAUAUAGGCAACACGUCUCACAGUAAAGUAUAUAGGCAACACGUCUCAGAGUAAAGUAUAUAGGCAACACGUCUCACAGUACAGUAUAUAGGCAACACGUCUCAGAGUAAAGUAUAUAGGCAACACGUCUCAGAGUAAAGUAUAUAGGCAACACGUCUCACAGUAAAGUAUAUAGGCAACACGUCUCACAGUACAGUAUAUAGGCAACACGUCUCACAGUACAGUAUAUAGGCAACACGUCUCAGAGUAAAGUAUAUAGGUAACACGUCUCACAGUACAGUAUAUAGGCAACACGUCUCAGAGUAAAGUAUAUAGGUAACACGUCUCACAGUACAGUAUAUAGGCAACACGUCUCACAGUAAAGUAUAUAGGCAACACGUCUCACAGUAAAGUACAGUAUAUAGGCAACACGUCUCACAGUAAAGUAUAUAGGCAACACGUCUCAAAGUAAAGUACAGUAUAUAGGCAACACGUCUCAGAGUAAAGUAUACAGGCAACACGUCUCACAGUAAAGUAUAUAGGCAACACGUCUCAGAGUACAGUAUAUAGGCAACACGUCUCACAGUAAAGUAUAUAGGGAACACGUCUCAGAGUACAGUAUAUAGGCAACACGUCUCACAGUACAGUAUAUAGGCAACACGUCUCACAGUACAGUAUAUAGGCAACACGUCUCACAGUACAGUAUAAAGGCAACACGUCUCACAGUAAAGUAUAGGCAACACGUCUCACAGUAAAGUAUAUAGGCAACACGUCUCAGAGUAAAGUAUAUAGGCAACACGUCUCAGAGUAAAGUAUAUAGGCAACACGUCUCACAGUACAGUAUAUAGGCAACACGUCUCAGAGUACAGUAUAUAGGCAACACGUCUCAGAGUAAAGUAUAUAGGCAACACGUCUCACAGUACAGUAUAUAGGGAACACGUCUCAGAGUAAAGUAUAUAGGCAACACGUCUCAGAGUACAGUAUAUAGGCAACACGUCUCAGAGUAAAGUAUAUAGGCAACACGUCUCAGAGUACAGUAUAUAGGCAACACGUCUCAGAGUAAAGUAUAUAGGCAACACGUCUCACAGUAAAGUAUAUAGGCAACACGUCCAGAGUACAGUAUAUAGGCAAACACGUCUCAGAGUAAAGUAUAUAGGCAAACACGUCUCAGAGUAAAGUAUAUAGGCAACACGUCUCACAGUACAGUAUAUAGGUAAACACGUCUCAGAGUAAAGUAUAAUAGGUAACACGUCUCACAGUACAGUAUAUAGGCAACACGUCUCACAGUACAGUAUAUAGGCAACACGUCUCACAGUAAAGUAUAUAGGCAACACGUCUCACAGUAAAGUAUAUAGGCAACACGUCUCAGAGUACAGUAUAUAGGCAACACGUCUCACAGUACAGUAUAUAGGCAACACGUCUCAGAGUAAAGUAUAUAGGCAACACGUCUCACAGUAAAGUAUAUAGGCAACACGUCUCAGAGUAAAGUAUAUAGGCAACACGUCUCACAGUAAAGUAUAUAGGCAACACGUCACGUCUCAGAGUAAAGUAUAUAGGCAACACGUCUCACAGUACAGUAUAUAGGCAACACGUCUCAGAGUAAAGUAUAUAGGCAACACGUCUCUCAGUAAAGUAUAUAGGCAACACGUCUCACAGUACAGUAUAUAGGCAACACGUCUCAGAGUAAAGUAUAUAGGCAACACGUCUCACAGUACAGUAUAUAGGCAACACGUCUCAGAGUAAAGUAUAUAGGCAACACGUCUCACAGUACAGUAUAUAGGCAACACGUCUCAGAGUAAAGUAUAUAGGCAACACGUCUCACAGUAAAGUAUAUAGGCAACACGUCUCAGAGUAAAGUAUAUAGGCAACACGUCUCACAGUACAGUAUAUAGGCAACACGUCUCACAGUAAAGUAUAUAGGCAACACGUCUCAGAGUAAAGUAUAUAGGCAACACGUCUCACAGUACAGUAUAUAGGCAACACGUCUCAGAGUAAAGUAUAUAGGCAACACGUCUCAGAGUAAAGUAUAUAGGCAACACGUCUCACAGUAAAGUAUAUAGGCAACACGUCUCACAGUACAGUAUAUAGGCAACACGUCUCACAGUACAGUAUAUAGGGAACACGUCUCAGAGUACAGUAUAUAGGUAACACGUCUCACAGUACAGUAUAUAGGUAACACGUCUCACAGUAAAGUAUAUAGGCAACACGUCUCACAGUAAAGUAUAUAGGCAACACGUCUCACAGUACAGUAUAUAGGCAACACGUCUCACAGUACAGUAUAUAGGCAACACGUCUCAGAGUACAGUAUAUAGGUAACACGUCUCAGAGUACAGUAUAUAGGUAACACGUCUCACAGUAAAGUAUAUAGGCAACACGUCUCACAGUACAGUAUAUAGGCAACACGUCUCACAGUAAAGUAUAUAGGUAACACGUCUCACAGUACAGUAUAUAGGUAACACGUCUCAGAAUAAAGUAUAUAGGCAACACGUCUCAGAGUACAGUAUAUAGGCAACACGUCUCACAGUAAAGUAUAUAGGUAACACGUCUCACAGUACAGUAUAUAGGUAACACGUCUCACAGUAAAGUAUAUAGGCAACACGUCUCACAGUAAAGUAUAUAGGCAACACGUCUCACAGUACAGUAUAUAGGCAACACGUCUCAGAGUAAAGUAUAUAGGCAACACGUCUCAGAGUACAGUAUAUAGGCAACACGUCUCACAGUAAAGUAUAUAGGUAACACGUCUCACAGUACAGUAUAUAGGUAACACGUCUCACAGUAAAGUAUAUAGGCAACACGUCUCACAGUAAAGUAUAUAGGCAACACGUCUCACAGUACAGUAUAUAGGCAACACGUCUCAGAGUAAAGUAUAUAGGCAACACGUCUCAGAGUACAGUAUAUAGGCAACACGUCUCACAGUAAAGGAUGUGUGUACUGUUUGAUGCUUGGUUAACUCUCACAGUAAAGUAGCAAAGAGGCUGUUUUGGUACAAUUUGGCUGAUUUAAGAAUAGACUUGAUAGUUGAUAGAUAGUGUUUCGGUAGUUGGCCCAGCGUCGUCCGGGUUCGGCCGGUGUAGGCCGUCAUUGGAAAUAAGAAUUUGUUCUUAACUGACUUGCCUGGUUAAAUAAAGGUCAAAUAAAAAAUGCAUGUUUUUGUUGUUAUUGUAUUUCAGGUGGAGAGGGAAGAGCACUAGAGCAUGUAACCUAACUAUUCAAAACUAACAUGGGUCAUUUACACAGCUUUAUUGCAUUUAGUCAUCCCCCAAAUUCGGCCAUUGAAAGCCUUGACCCUUGACAGCCUUCCUCAGGGAACGGCCUGCUGGCAGCCUUCCUCAGGGAACGGCCUGCUGGCAGCCUUCCUCAGGGAACGGCCUGCUGGCAGCCUUCCUCAGGGAACGGCCUGCUGGCAGCCUUCCUCAGGGAACGGCCUGCUGGCAGCCUUCCUCAGGGAACGGCCUGCUGGCAGCCUUCCUCAGGGAACGGCCUGCUGGCAGCCUUCCUCAGGGAACGGCCUGCUGACAGCCUUCCUCAGGGAACGGCCUGCUGACAGCCUUCCUCAGGGAACGGCCUGCUGGCAGCCUUCCUCAGGGAACGGCCUGCUGACAGCCUUCCUCAGGGAACGGCCUGCUGGCAGCCUUCCUCAGGGAACGGCCUGCUGGCAGCCUUCCUCAGGGAACGGCCUGCUGACAGCCUUCCUCAGGGAACGGCCUGCUGACAGCCUUCCUCAGGGAACGGCCUGCUGGCAGCCUUCCUCAGGGAACGGCCUGCUGACAGCCUUCCUCAGGGAACGGCCUGCUGGCAGCCUUCCUCAGGGAACGGCCUGCUGACAGCCUUCCUCAGGGAACGGCCUGCUGCUCUCGAGUUCCAUGGUCCAGCAGACUCACCUGUGGACAGAGGGACAGAAGCAUUUUAGUUUUAAUUAAAGUCUGGGACACUUGAGGAAGGAGAACGUUUUGACGUACAGUAAAUCCAACCAGUGACCCUUGGUUAUAUGAUUCUGGACAACAGACACAGUCAGCCUGGACAACAGACAGACUGGACAACAGACACAGUCAGCCUGGACAACAGACACAGUCAGCCUGGACAACAGACAGACUGGACAACAGACACAGUCAGCCUAUACAACAGACACAGUCAGCCUAGACAACAGACACAGUCAGCCUGGACAACAGACACAGUCAGCCUAG